CUCCGUGUUGCCGGAAAUGCUUCAGGAACGUCGAGAAACGAAGAGAAGCGGUUUGGAAACCCGAAUCGACUGUGGCUCCAGAAAGAGAGAGAGAGGAGCGUCCAUCAAAGAUGUUCACGUAUCAAGGCCAAAACUUCUUUUCCCACGUAUUCACCGCAGCUUUAUCAAGAACAUGCUUGCUCUGUGGUGAGUGAUGCGGGCCGAAGACCCAGGCAGGAGAAGAGGAAGAGAGUAGCUGAAUUGCAGUCGCAGUUAUCUCACUACCCAGACAGGAAGAUAGAUGAGUUCCGUCAGCGUAUUGAGGAACUGGAGACCGAAUACAAAUGCUUCCUAAAGAAACUAUGCUCCCUGGAGCCUACCUGCAAACACAAGCCUUGGGAACCUCGAGCAUAUGCCAAGAGGAGGCAGGAUCCAGUCAGCAAUUAAAACACCUCUAAAAAACUGUGCCUCCACACUCCAAGCAGCCCUUGCAAAGAGGAAGAGGAUGUUAAUGAGGACGUCAACCCAGAGGAAGCAGGAAACCGCUAUCACACAUAUCUCACAUAUCUCAUUGAUAUACAAGAACUACACACCCCAUCAGUUCCUGCUACCACCGAAGCCUACGACCCCCUAAACCAGGACCUCCCGCUGUGCUUCGAGCAGUCCCGACUCGCUGUGGCAUUGGCCAGUUCAUGUGUGGCUCUCGCCGGGCAGCAGCAGACACCUGUCCUCCACAGCCUCCCGCUAGCACAGACAGCAGCAAAAAAACAACUUGCAGCCUCCCAGUGCUGAAACAGGCCGGAGUACAACUGAACAUUUAGUGGCUGCUACUCAUUGUCCUCAGAUGAGGAGAUAUAGUUCAGUUCAAUUAUUAAAUUUCAUUAUGCUCAUUAGCUGAUGAAACAUAGUUAUUUUAUUAUUAAUAUCAUAUUAUUAUUAUGUUUUCAGUUGAAUGCAUGGUGCUGCACAUUUAAAGGGAUAGUUCACCCAUAAAGGAAAAUUGUCAUAAUUUACUAACCCUCAAUGUCGUUCCAAACCGGUAAGACUGGAUAAUCUUUGAAAACACAAAUGAGGAUAUUUUUAAUGAAAUCUGAAAGGUUUAUGUCGCUCCAUUGACAGUUCAGGUAACCAAAACUGGAAUCGACCAGCUAAACUAUAAUAUGUUUUAUGGAUGAACAGUUUUAAUUUGCACACACAAGGACCAGUAAGGUUUGUUUUUGGCCUCUGACACACAAAAGUAUGUGUUUAUCAAAUGGGAUUUGCUAUAUGUUUGCGUGUUUUAUAUGUAAAUCAAAGCCUAUUUUUACUCUGUUCAUCAAAUUCAGAAGACUUUCAAAAGACUUGGAUUAAUCCACUCAAUUGAUAUGGAUUCGUUUUAUGAUUCCUUAAUAUGGAUCUUUUUAAGCUUUGGUUACCUGGUCUUUCAAUGUAGAGACAUAUAUACAUAUAUUCUUAAUCUGUAUUCUGAAGAUGAAUUUAUGGGUUUGCAGGCGAGUAAUUUGACAGAAUUUUCAUUUUUGGGUGAACUAUCCCUUUAAUAUUUGAUAUUCAAAAUAUAUCUGAUGAAAGUGAAACUUGAAAGUAAAACAUUUUGGAGUGAAACCUGAAAGCUGUAAAUCACCUGUGUUUGUGUGUUUAUACUAUUUGUCUUAUUCGGGCUAUGAAUGUGUUAAGCAGUGUUCAGAAGAGAACGGAAAUGGCUGAGAUGUGGUUAGAGUAGAACUCUGAAUGGGAUGUAAGUGAUUACUUGGCAAAAACAAAAUAAGAAGUGUUUACUGUUAUAUAAGUUUAUCUGAGAAGUACAUCUUCGGUAUCUAUAAAGUUUCAAUUUUAACCACAAAGGUUUUUUGCACAUUUUAAGUGACACAAACAUUCUGUUCACAUUAUAUUCACUUGUACCGGACGAAAUAAGUAAUGUACUGGUGCUUUAGAAAAUACAGAAAACACAACACUGAUCUGAAGACCCGUUACUAUAAUGGUUCAAGAACUACCUUUUUUUUUUAUUAUUAAAGCAUCAUGGAGUCAAUUCAAGAAUCCGAUUCACUUCAAAAAGCUCUUUGAUGAACUUAAAAGUGUACAGUGCCAUUUGUGUUGCUAUACAAACCCCAAAGUUUCACAUUGACAUGAGUUUUGAUAAUACGUGCGCCACAACAAGCCUGAUUAAAAUGAAUGCGAGACUUUUAAAAGUUCAGUAUGUGCAAAGAUGCUGAGUCAGAGAGAGACAGAAAGAUGUCUGUGUUCAAAAAAUACAUCGUUUUUCCUACAGUUUGGUAAGAGAACUAGGACUUCGCGCUGCGGCCCACGGUCCAACCCCAAAACCCCUCAGCAGCAAGAAUUGCUUAGCAUGCGACACUUCUGGGAAACUGAGCAAGAGCAGACUGUUGUUACCA